AACAUUUUUCGUUGCUUAUAUCUAUUUAAACCUCCAUAUUAGUGAUAACAAUAAAAAUCACGUUAUAAUAUGAUAACAACACGUAAACACCAAACGGAUGAUGAAAGUGUAAGCUGUAAUUGUCAAAUACCUCGUUUUCGGUUCAUUUUGUUCUGGAAAAUUAAUGCGUUUAAAAUCAUUAUUUGACUUUCAUCAAACGAUAAUUUCUGGAACACAAUUUGUUCGUGGAUUAAGAUUACCCAAAUAUCAAAAACCAAGUAAGAAAAAAAUGGCAUUGAAAGAGAAGGAAGGAAAACUGUCGCAAGUUUCGGAAUUGAAACCUUGGCCAUCCUACAUUGAGGAUCGUUUGAAGCUUUGGGAUAUACUUAAAGAAAAAUAUAACAAUGAACUUGCUAAUAAGAUACUGGAGCCUAUAACUGUAACUUUUCCUGAUGGAAAAACUACCAGCGCCAAGGCUUGGCAAUCUACGCCAUAUGAUGUAGCAAAAGGCAUCAGCCAAGGACUUGCUGAUAAUACAGUAAUUGCCAAGGUCAAUGGAGAGCUUUGGGAUUUGGAUAGACCAUUGGAAAAAGAUUCAACAUUGCAAUUGCUCAAAAUUGACAACGAAGAGGCUCAACAAGUAUUUUGGCACUCAUCUGCUCAUAUGCUAGGUGAAGCGAUGGAAAGAAUAUAUGGUGGCUGUUUGUGCUAUGGUCCACCAAUUGAAGGAGGAUUUUAUUAUGAUAUGUUUAUUGCAAAUAAAGGAAUAUCAAACCUAGAUUAUUCUGUUAUGGAAAAUAUUGUCAAACAAAUUGUUAAAGAAAAACAACCAUUUGAACGGCUUGAAGUUAGUAAAGAAGAUCUAUUGGAAAUGUUCAAGUACAAUGAAUUUAAAGUGAGGAUUCUUAAUGAAAAAGUUACAACACCAACAACCACUAUUUAUCGGUGUGGGCCAUUAAUUGACUUAUGUAGGGGACCACAUAUUCGUCAUACAGGCAAAGUCAAAGCUUUUAAAGUUGUCAAAAAUUCGUCUACUUACUGGGAAGGAAAUUGUAAAGCUGAAUCAUUACAACGUGUCUACGGCAUUUCAUUUACGGAUAAUAAACAAAUGAAAGAAUGGGAAAAAUUCCAAGAAGAAGCUGCUAAACGAGACCAUCGUAAAAUUGGAAGAGAACAAGAACUAUUUUUCUUCCAUGAAUUAAGUCCAGGAUCUUGUUUCUUCCAACCAAAAGGUGCGCAUAUUUAUAAUACUUUAAUCGAGUUCAUCAAAAGUGAAUACAGGAAGCGUGGAUUCCAGGAAGUAGUUUCGCCAAAUAUUUAUAAUGUUAAGUUAUGGCAAACUUCUGGUCAUUGGGCACAUUAUGCUGAAAACAUGUUUUCAUUUGAUGUUGAGAAAGAAACAUAUGCUUUGAAACCAAUGAAUUGUCCUGGCCAUUGUUUAAUGUUUGAUCAUCGGAAUAGAUCAUGGAGAGAACUGCCACUUAGAAUGGCAGACUUUGGUGUACUUCAUCGUAAUGAGUUAUCUGGGGCUUUAACAGGAUUAACACGUGUUAGACGUUUUCAACAAGAUGAUGCUCACAUAUUUUGUACCACUGAACAGAUUGGUCAAGAAAUGAUGAAUUCAUUAGACUUUUUACGCCAUGUAUAUACUGUAUUUGGAUUUCAAUUCCAUCUCCGUUUAUCUACAAGACCUGAAAAGUAUUUAGGCGAGUUGGAAAUGUGGGAAAACGCUGAAAAGCAAUUAGCUGAUAGUUUAGAUUCAUUUGGUGAACCAUGGACAUUAAAUCCAGGAGAUGGUGCUUUUUACGGACCAAAAAUUGAUAUAACUAUAUCUGAUGCUUUAAAACGCCAACAUCAAUGUGCUACAAUUCAACUUGAUUUCCAACUCCCAAUUCGAUUUAAUUUAAAUUUUAUUAGUGAAUCAGGAGAAAAGAAACGUCCAGUCAUCAUACAUCGUGCUAUAUUUGGUUCAGUAGAAAGAAUGAUUGCUAUUCUAACUGAAUCAUUUGCUGGAAAAUGGCCAUUCUGGUUGUCGCCUAGACAAGCUAUUGUAAUACCUGUUGGUCCUCAGUUUGACGAAUAUGCAGAAAAAGUUAAAAAAGAAAUAUACGAGGCUGGAUUUAUGUGUGAUGUAGAUGUAGAUCAUGGUGAUACUUUAAACAAAAAGAUUCGCAAUGCGCAAUUGGCACAAUAUAACUUCAUUCUCGUUGUUGGAGAUAAAGAAAAAACGGCUAACACUGUUAAUGUUCGCACAAGAGACAACAAUGUUCAUGGCGAAUUCAGUAUUGAAGAGACAAUUAAAAGACUACAAAAAUUAAAAAUUUCAAAAACCAAUAAUAGUGAAGUCGAAUUUUAAUUAAGAUUUAUAAUUUAAAUCAAUGAAAAAAAAUUUAAUUUAGAAAAUAGUAUUCAUAACUUUUUAAUUUUUUCAUAAUAUUAUAUAAAAUAAAUUAAUCCGUUUCAUUAAUUGUAUUCUAUCAACAAUAUUUUGAUAAUUAUGAUAAGUUGCAUUUAUUCUAUUUAGUAUGUAAUAAUUUAUAUUUUAAAAUAUGUGUUUCCUUAUUUGCUACUAGCUAGUUUUAGCUAAAUAUUAAGAUAAGAUUUUAAAAUUAUGGAAAAACAAUUUUUUAAAUGUAUUUCUUUUCAUCAAAUUUAAAAUGUUUUUCUUUUUAGUUUUUAUGUUAUUGAUAGAAUAGUAAAUCAUUGAAAAAGCAUGUUAACACUACAUUUAACAGAUUUUGUUGACUAUUAGAUCAUUUUUAUUAGCUUGCAUUCCAAAUCUUAAUGAAUGUUAACCAUGAUUUGACAGAUAAGACUACACUGAUAAUGUUUCACCAAACAUUCGCAUCAUGUUGAUUCAUUAGUUUUAUUUCAUUUACUUUCUUAUGUAGCCAAAGCAAUUUAUUAGUUUUCCAUCUCAUGUGUAUUGACAAUGAAGAUAUAUUAGAUCCUCAGAAACAACAAUCAUUGUUUUGACUUUAAAAAGACAUUUUUAUAAUAUUAUUAAUAUGAUUUUCAUAACAAUGGAUGGUCUAUUUAUUUUGAUUUAAUAUUACAAUGUUGAACAUGCUUUCCCAGACUUUACUCAGUAGAUUAGAAAAUGGUAAUAAUUUUCAAUAAUUUGUAAAGAUAUUGUAUAUUGUAUAAUAUUACAAAAUUAUUAUUAGAUUCUAUCGAUAUAUAAUAUAAAACAAGGUUAAAAAAUACUUAUAUUAAAUUUAAAGAAUUACAAUUAUAAACAAUCAAAAUUUCAGACAAAAAUAAUGGAGGAGUUUCAUUGGAAACCAUUUUUCUAUACAAUUAAUUAUUUAAAAAAAAAUAUUUAUACAUUUUGUGUAAUAUAUACAGUUAUGAUCCUAGUGUAUGAGUAAAAUGAAUUACUGCCCAUACUACAUAUUUUCGUUUUCACCUGUUAAAAAGUUCAAUUUCAUAUAGUUUUAAAUAAAGUAACUGAUAAUUAGUUUAAACAAAAAGAAUUAAAAGAAUUGACUUUUUUUAUCAUGUGUUAAAAUAAAAAGUAUAUACUCGUAUACUUAAUUAAAAAUAAUUUUGUUUUACAAACUUAUCACUAACACUUAUUGACUUUUUUUUUGUAACACUUAAAUAAUAAUUUAAUAAUUUAAUAAUAUAUUAUAAAAUAUUGUAAGAUUAUAUCAUAUUAUAUUAUUCUACAUAAAUCUAGGCUAUGUCAUAUUUUGCUUAAUGAAUUAAAACUAUGUUUUUUUAGUAUUUUAAGAGAAAAAACGUUAGUGAUAAAGGAUUUUAGGUUACAGUAGAACCCCUCCUGUUGAUCCGACCAUAGUAUUAUCGAUAUGAAUACUUUAAAAAUAUCCAUUACUGAAUUCUUAUUUUGAAACCUAAUUCUAAGUAAUUAAUCAAACAUCUAUGUAUAAAUGUAAUACUUUCAUUCACUUUUUUUGUGUUACAUAAUAUAUUAUGUAGUAAAUAAUUUAAUAUAUGUAUGUAAUUUAAAAUAAUUUAGUAAAUAAAUUUCAUAACAUUUUUUUUUUUAAUUUUUCUGUAUAUUCUGAUAAUCCGACCUUUUUCGCGUUCUGGCCACACCCCCAGUCCCAUAGGUAACGAAUUAGAGGGGAUCUACUGUAUUUAUAAAACUUAUUUAUUUACUUAUUUAUGUAUUAGUGUGUACCACUCACUUUGCUAGCUGACUUCUUCAAUACUUUUUUCUAGCUCUAAAAUUAUAAAAAUCUGCAUGAAAAAUACAAACAAUAGUACAUUACAACCAUUAUAAUUAAAAUUA